AUGGCUGCCGCUAUUGCCAGCUACUCUCACGACCAUUUCCACAGUCUCCCGUCAGUCAAGGAAGCGCACGAGCGUUUUGUCAACAUUAAAGGCCAGGGCCAUGUUGAAUGGUUCAAGAAAUUCUUCGUUGCAUCGAAUAUGGACAGAAGGUUCGGGCUGGCCAUGAUCCACCGCCACUUUGAUUUGGAACACCAUGAGAAGCUGGUUGAGUAUAAGGGUACUUCGAUCCCCUGGUCUGGCGGAUUUUCUGGAAUGAAGGAACCACAGCCAGCCAUGUGGUCCUUCGACGAUAAAGGGGUUUUGAGACCUAUUGAGUUCUACUACUCCGAGGCACAUGACGGCAAUUUCGCAGAAAAGGACUUGGAGCUCAUCGCCAAGUUCAAGACUGAACUUGCCCUACGCGGCUUGGAUAAUGUGUUCGGCUUGGUCCGAUAUCCCGGAGACAAGUUCGAUGGUUCCUGCGAGUUCUCACAGGGUAGAGCCAAUAUCAAUCUGCAGCCCAAAGACUAUCCUGCUGUCCUGAAAGCCUUCUCUACUAUAUGGUUCUUCUCCGAGCCUCUUUGGAAGCGAGGUUGUACUUGCAAGUGCAACGAAGUUUCCAGCGACCAUCCUCAUACUGGGCACAGGACAACACAGCGUACAUAG